AUGUCGUUUUCUUGUCCUACGUUGUUGUUAUUCUGUUGGUUUUAUAUUGGUUUGUUACUUUGUGGGUUUUGUUAUGGCGGCGAUCCAUUUGCGAACUAUGAACUCGAGUUUUCCUACAUUACUGCUUCUCCACUUGGUGUCCCGCAACAGGUUAUAGCAGUGAAUGGGAAGUUUCCAGGUCCAAUACUAAAUGUUACCACCAAUUACAAAGUCGUUGUUAACGUUAAAAACAAAUUAGACGAAAGUCUUCUCAUCACAUGGCCUGGAAUAGAAAUGCGACGUUCUUCUUGGCAAGAUGGGGUGCUUGGCACUAAUUGUCCCAUUCCGUCUAACUGGAACUGGACUUAUCGGUUUCAAGUCAAGGAUCAAAUUGGUAGCUAUUAUUAUGUCCCAAGUACUAAUUUUCAAAGAGCAGCAGGUGGUUUUGGUGGUUUUGUUAUUACCAAUCGCAAAGUUAUACAGCUGCCAUUCGACACCCCUGAUGGAGAUAUGGUGAUUACCAUUGGUGAUUGGUAUACACGAAACCACUCGGCACUAAGAGCUUCACUUGAUGCUGGAAAGGAGCUUGGUAUUCCCAAUGGAGUUUUGAUCAAUGGCAAGGGACCUUUUCAAUACAAUUCCUCUGUUCCAGAUGGCAUUAACCACACAACGCUUAAUGUUGAUCCAGGUAAAACUUAUAGAAUUCGUGUGAUCAAUGUUGGAGUCUCAACUUGUUUGAAUUUUCGGAUCCAGAACCAUAAUUUGCUUCUAGCUGAAGCUGAGGGACAUUAUACGACCCAACAGAAUUACAGUAGCUUUGAUAUACACGUGGGGCAGUCUUACUCCUUUCUGGUUACUAUGGAUCAAAAUGCAAGUAGCGAUUACUACAUAGUUGCAAGUGCCAGAUUUGUAAAUCAAUCAGAUUGGCAACGAGUUACAGGUGUUGCUAUAUUACACUAUUCAAAUUCUGAAGGAAAUGCUUCAGGUCCUCUACCUGACCCUCCUAAUGAUCUGUAUGACCCUUCAUUUGCGUUGAAUCAAGCCAUGUCCAUAAGGAUAAAUAACACCGCUAGUGGAGCUCGCCCCAACCCACAGGGUUCUUUUCACUACGGUUCCAUUAAUGUGACAGAUACGUAUGUAUUAAGAAGCUUUCCACCAAAAAUGAUUGCUGGCAAACGACGUGCUUCUUUUAACGGGAUCUCAUUUGAGAACCCGAAAACACCAGUGAGGCUUGCUGAUAAACAUAAUGUGAAGGGUGUUUAUAAACUUGACUUCCCAAAAAUGCCCAUAAACAGGACGCCACGAGUGGAAUGGUCCAUCAUCAAUGCAACUUAUAAAGGAUUUGCUGAAAUCAUAUUGCAGAACAAUGAUACCGUAGUUCAAAGCUUUCAUAUGGACGGUUAUUCAUUUUUUGUUGUCGGGAUGGCAUAUGGGAAUUGGACUGAAAAUAGCAGGGGUUCUUAUAAUCAAUGGGAUGCUAUCUCACGCUCUACUACACAGGUUUUUCCUGGAGGAUGGACAGCUAUUCUUGUUUAUCUUGAUAAUGUGGGAGCUUGGAACCUUAGGACAGUGAAUCUAGAUAGAUGGUAUCUAGGCCAAGAAACUUAUAUGAGAAUCAUCAAUCCUGAGGAUCCUGGCCAUAAAACAGAAUUGCCGGUGCCUGAUAAUGCCUUGUUCUGUGGUGCUCUCGGACACUUGCAAAAGCCUCAAAAAAUCUUGUCUUCGGCAGGAUCAACCAUACAAAAGCAGUCAAAUUCAAUUUAUUUGUUGUUGAUGGCAUUAACAGCUGUCUUUUAUACGAUGAUUUAA